AGGUACCUGUCGAUCUGACUUCAGAGAGAUACUGGUACCGACGUUACACGCGGCUGACAUCAUCUAGAAUAGCUGCUCUACGAGGGUCAUUCCACAAGAGUAAACACCUAGCCUCCAUCUAAACAGUCAAGGGUCUUCACAAGCCUUCAGCGCUUAAGGAAUUAUGUGGACUAGGACACUUGUAUUAUUGGCCGUUUUGGCUAUCGCUUUCGCUACGUUCGCCGACGCAAAGUCCACAAAAGGAAAACACCCAAAGAAGGACGAAGAGAAGACCAUCAAAGAUGAGGUGAAGAAGAUCGAGAAGGGAGAGAAGGAUGACGACGGAAAACACCCAAAGAAGCACGAAGAGAAGUCCAUCAAAGAUGAGGUGAAGAAGAUCGAGAAGGAAGAAAAGGAUGAAGACGAGGCCGCUGCUGCCCCAGUUGCCAAGGAGGCGUCCGGAAGUGGAGAGGCCCCUGGGGGUGCUGGAGGUGCUGGCGCCGGAGGAGAAAGUGGAUCUGGAUCGGGAGCAUCAGGAGAAGGGACGUGUCCCGCGGAAUGCGCCCCUGAGUGCGAGACGGGCUGCGUUAAUGGCGUCAACACGAACCCACUCCCUGUCCUAGGGGGACAUCCUCACCCCGGACCCCCUUCCGCCCUUAACCCAUUCCCCCUACCUAGAAUGUGCUCCCAGCCAAACUGUCCCGCCCAAUGCGCCCCUGCGUGCUAUGACUGGUGCUGCUAUGGAGGCAUCUCUGCCCCGACUCAGGCACCACCCCCUGGACAGCAGCAGCAACAACAACAACAGCCUCAGACACAGAUGCAGUCGCCCUACGGCGCCGGACAGUGCGCUCCUUCCUGCGCUCCCUCCUAUCAGCCUUCUUGCUGCCAACAGCAGCAGCCAAUGAUGAUGCCUUUUCCUCCCCCACCUCCCAUCUACAUGCCUCCACCCCCUGUCUACAUGCCUCCACCCCCUGUCUACAUGCCUCCACCCAUGCCCAUGGGUGGUCAGUGUGCCCCACAGUGCCAGCCUGCAUUUCCCGCCUGCGCACCACAAGCCCCCGCCGCCUGCCCCAUCCAGUGCUGUAGACGAGGGGCCCGGAAAUCUUCCAUUGCUAAGCCACAUAAAUCUCACCAUCACCACUGAAAGAAAAAACAGCAAAUAAGAAAAAGACUACAUAGGACGACGAAGAAAUUGAGGAAACCAUCCCUUUUUACUGGCCAAUAGAUAAUACCAUCACCAUUAACGUUAUAGUUAUGACAUACCACUGCUCUAAACAACAUAAAAUCGACUAUUGACUUCGGGAGCAUUCAAGGCCAUACCAAAGUCCAUUGAUAUUGAUACCAUACAACUAACUGGGAUGUAUUCCUGGGAUUAAAGUGACCUUUAUAUAUCAACUGUAGUGUGAUUUAAAAAGUAGGAAUGUUUAAGCAACAUGUUUUUAUUUCUCAUGAAUGAGAUACUGUAACGUACAAUGUAGAUUAGGUUAAUGCCCUAUUAACUAUACGAUUGUUUUUAUACAAUAAAGAAUACACUUUUAAAAA